AUGUCUACCCUUUGCCCUGGAUGGAACUUUACCUCAAAUCACCUGUCGGAUGAAGAUGGUCGUAUCAUUAUCAUCUGGAGAAACCCUGCUGCAAUCCACGUCCUGCAUCAGUCACAACAAAGUAUCACUUGUGAAGUCAGCUUGUUAAAUACUGCUCGGUUCAUUUUCACGUCUGUGUACGCCUCGAACUUAAGCUCAGAGAGAACUGACCUUUGGGUGAAACUUUUGGGCCUUCAGCAGUCUCUCUCUCUUUACAAUGAACCAUGGAUGAUAGGCGGUGAUUUGAACCAAAUCCUGCAUCAUGUUGAAAAUUCAAACCCUAUCAUAAACUCUUUCAAUUCCAACAUGACAGAGUUUAAAGAUUGCCUUACACAGAUGGGUAUGUUUGACCUGCGGUUUCAGGGGCCUCUUUUCACUUGGUCAAACUGUCAGCCUGCUAAUCCAGUUGCGAAAAAAUUGGAUCGACUUCUUGUCAACAGUCACGUCAUCAGUCUCUUCCCUAACAGUAUAGCUACUUUCCUCCCUCCUCUUACGUCCGAUCAUAGCCCUUGCCUUAUUGACCUUGCCCAUCAGCUUCCUUCUGCUGGCCGGAAGCUUUGCGUCCACACUCACUUACCUGUGUUGGAAGCAAAGGACCAUAAAGAGAGCACUUAA